UUGGAUCAAAUAAUAUUUUCAGAAAGUUCGAUUUUCGGAAGAGGAAAACAUUUGGGAUUCUAGCAUCGUUAUCGCUAACAUACAUACCCAUACAUACAUAUGUACCACCUAAAGACAAACCCUUGUCAAAAUGACGCAGCAAAAUCGCGUCCACGCGCAAAAAAGUUACAGGCGACCGAGGUGAAAGAUUUAGAUAUACUAAUCUUACAACCACAACCACAACCACAACGUCGAACACAACCACAAUUUUUAGAGGAAUCGGGACUACCUACACCGCCAUCCUCCUCAUCAUCUUCACGCUCCUCAUCUCCCACGGCUAAAACACCAACUCGCAAACAAAGACGCCAAGCGGUCCUGGCACAAUCUCUCGCUCAGGAACUCUCCUCCUCUGUCAUUCCCAACUCCAACUCCAACUCCAACCCCAAAAACAAUGACCCCGGCGAAAACCCACCUAACACCCAAAUAAUCCACAACAAACUCCUCACCCUCACCCUCACCCUCACAAACACACCCACCAUGUCCCCCUCCACCCGUCUCCUCAUCUGCUCCAUCGGCAACCCAGCCCCAUACACCAACACCCUCCACUCCGCCGGGCACACCAUUCUCAGCCUCCUAGGCUCCACGUUAGACCAACCCAAUUUCACCAAAUCCCGCUCUUACGGCAACGGCCUCCUAUCCAGCGGACCCAUCUACACACUCUGGAAAUCGACAUCAUUGAUGAACAUAUCCGGAACUGGAGUGAAUGCCGCUUGGACGACAUUUCUGCGAGAAUCAGGUUCUUCCGCGUCUGCAGAAUGCAAACUCGUGGUUAUUCAUGAUGAGAUGGAACUUGCGCCGGGGAAGAUUAAUGUUAAACCGGGGAGUAAUAGUCCAAAGGGUCAUAAUGGGUUGAAGAGUAUUCGCGAUUCGUUGCGUGGACAACCGUAUACGCGGAUUGGGAUUGGCAUUGGGAGGCCGGAGAGUAGGGAUCCGGGGGUUGUGGCGGGGUAUGUGUUGAGGAAGAUGAGUGCUGAAGAGAAGAGGAGGAUUGAGGGGUGUGUUGGGAAGGUGGUUGAGGAAUUGGCAAGACUGAGUGGAGAGUAGGAAGGGAGGAAUAGUUUUGGAGGAUAUUGUAUGGGACGAUUAAGAUGGGAUGAUCGGAUUUUAUUGGUACAACAUUUCAUGACCUGGGACAUUUGGAUACAAAAUAUGGUAUGGAAAUGGG